AUGGGGGUGUCUGCUUGUUGCUCUGAUACGGUAGUUAUGGUUCAGAGAAUUGGGAGUGACAUUAUCUGUAACAUCAAAAAAAAAAACUUCUCUUGGUGAAUGUCUGCAAAAGAAAUGGUUAAAGUAAUGAUUGUCAUGCUUGCAAUAUGUUUUUUUGCAAAAUCAGAUGGGAAACUUAUUAAAAAGAGAUCUGUGAGUGAAAUACAGCUUAUGCAUAACCUGCGUAAACAUCUGAACUCAAUGGAAAGGGUGGAAUGGCUGAGGAAGAAGCUGCAGGAUGUGCACAAUUUUGUUGCUCUUGGAACUUCUAUCGCUCACAGAGAUUCGGGUUCCCAGAGGCCCCGAAAAAAGGAAGACAAUGUCCUGGUUGAGAACCAUCAAAAAAAUCUCGGAGAAGCAGACAAAGCUGAUGUGGAUGUAUUAACUAAAGCUAAAUCCCAAUGAAAACAGAUCUAUCAGAGCACUGCUCUAGACAUCAUAGGGCAACAAUAUUACAUGCUGC